GCCCGGCUACAGUGCUUUCGCAACAAGAGGCGGGCAGGCAGCGCUUGCUCGGUGAGCCAAUCUGUUCCAGCCUCUUUCGUAGCAGGGAUCAGCACCCAAUGCCGAAGACCACCUGGAGCUUCUCGCUUUUCGUGGGUAAGGUCGUGGUUGUUACACAGCGAAACCCCGGCGAUCAGCUGCGGCUCGCCUUUGGAGCCUCAGACCUACGCAGUGAAUUCCCCAAGCAAACAACAUCACAGCUAUCGAAGACGACAUCCCACAUCCCUCCUCCUCCUCGUCCUCUCCUCUUCGCCUCCCUUGCCUUCUCGUCUCUCCAACCUGCCUUUUCACAUCCCACCACUUUGUGAUUGUCCUGCCCCACGACACGAGGACCGAAGCUAGUUACAGCGUAUCGUAGCCCUACCAGGCCGCUCGCUGCCGCUAUGUCGAUACCAGACCCCACUACUCGGCGCUCCAUCUUGGCAUUGUCACUGAUCGGUAGUUUUGGAGUGAACAGCAUGUAUGGCCUGGUGUAUCGCAAUGGCUACAUCGACGCGCUCCUGCGCCUGCGCGAAUACGGCCCACACGUCCUUCCGGGCUCCAAUAUCCCGAUCCUGACGCGCUUUACGGGCAUCGGCUUGCUGGACAAAGCACUGGUGCUGGCCGGCGUGAUGUUCGCCAACAUCACAGACGGCUCGGCGCCUCAGUUGUCAUUGUACGGCUUCCAGUUUGCGGGGCAGCUUGUGCCAUUAUACACGGUUCUGAUGAUCGAGGCUGCGCGGCGUGGAAACAAGGGGAACAUCAUGUCGCUGGCCGUGCUUUGGGGCUGUGCAACACAAGGUUUAGGAUAUGGCUUCACGAUGCCUAUUUAUGCUAUCGUGCAUCUUCUCUGCUCCCCCACCGCCGCCAGUAUGGCACCCGCCGUGGCGCAGAAGAUCCGCCUACAGUCCACGGAUUUGUUGGAAGGUCUUGUCCCUUCAAUGAUUCUUGGCUAUAUCAUACCAACCGUUCUGAUGGCCAUCCCAUUCCGCUCCCACGUUCUGCACCAGUGGCUAGGCGGAUUGUGGCAAGGAUACCCAGUCUGGGUUUCUCUGAUUCACUACGGAAUCAAAGUCGUCCGUUCCCGAAGAGCAAAUAAAUCCAAUGAACCCAAGCCGCCGGAUACAACAACGGCAAACGGCACCGGAACGCGCUCCUAUGCCGCUCGCAUCGACGAAGAGAUGACCCUGCACCGAGCCUACCUCUUCGCCUUCGCCGUCUCGGCAUCCACGAACAUCACCACCUUCUCCAUCCUCGCGAGCUGCAAGCUGUUCCCCUCUUUAUUCCCCUCCCACAUCCUCACGGCCUUGACGCUCAAAAGUGUGUUUAUCCCGCCGCCAUUCUGGUCCCGAGCCCCAAUGCCCAACAUGGCGGUCGGUAUCCUCAACUUCUUCCAGUAUGACCAAUAUGUUGGCUCCACCGCUGCGAUUGUGUGGGCCGUCGCACUGCGCAUCAAGGCACGUAAGCAAGCUAUGUCGUUGGAAAGUUGGCUGUGGCUUGCGGGCGAGAUAUUCGGCAUCGCGUUUGUUGCCGGGCCUGGAGCGGCGUUGGUGUCCUUGGUUUGGAAUCGGGACGAGAUGGUACUUAACGACGAUAAGCUCUUCGAGACGGUUGAAGCCCCAGCGGCCGUAGAUGUAGAGAGCAGGGCUCUGAUAGAUGCGGACUCAGAGGAUCCUAACCACUCUAGCUGACUAGUUGUUAGAGAAAGAGAAUUAGUCAUGUAAACAUUAGAGGUUAAUAUUUUAAUACCAGGGGCCGCAUUAGCAGAAGCAAAUGCAAAGAGUAAAAGCCUGCUUUAGAUCUGAUUCCAAAGCAUUGAUUUCAUUUCGGAGCUGUAAAAGGCUGUUCUGAAUAAGUAUAGCCAAAAAUUGUUUAUAAAAAC